CGGACUUCAGAGCUUUGCAAGAUGGAAAAACCUUUUCCGUUGACACUCGCUCUGCUCCCCGCCGGGCGCUGAGAGCAGAGCCCGGGCGCGGGGUCCCGGAGCCGCCGCGGGGCUGGUAUGCGCUAGGGCCGUGCCAUGUAUUGGAAGAGCGACCCGAUGUUCGUCUGCAGGCUGGAGGACAAGGACCUGCCCGCGCUCGGCGGCCCCGCGGAGAAGGCGAGCCCCGCAGCGGCCGACGAGGAUUCCUGCUCUUCCUCCACCGCCCUCUCGCCCUCCUCCUCGCCGCAGUCCAUGGCCUCGGGCUCCGGCUGUGCCCCCAGCAAGUGCGUGUGCAGCAGCUGUGGUCUGGAGAUCGUGGACAAGUACCUGCUCAAGGUGAAUGACCUCUGCUGGCAUGUGCGCUGCCUCUCCUGCAGCGUCUGCAGGACAUCCCUAGGAAGGCACACGAGCUGCUACAUCAAAGAUAAAGAUAUCUUCUGCAAACUCGACUAUUUCAGGCGGUAUGGGACCCGCUGCUCCCGCUGCGGGAGGCACAUCCAUGCUACUGACUGGGUCCGCAGGGCUAAAGGGAAUGUCUACCACUUGGCGUGCUUCGCCUGCUUCUCCUGCAAGAGGCAGCUUUCUACAGGAGAGGAGUUUGCUUUGGUCGAGGAGAAAGUCCUGUGCAGAGUACAUUACGACUGCAUGUUGGACAACCUGAAAAGAGAAGUUGAAAAUGGUAAUGGGAUUAGUGUGGAAGGAGCACUACUAACAGAACAAGAUGUGAAUCAUCCAAAACCAGCAAAAAGAGCUCGGACCAGCUUCACAGCAGAUCAGCUCCAGGUUAUGCAAGCACAGUUUGCUCAGGACAACAAUCCAGAUGCACAAACACUCCAGAAACUGGCAGAAAGAACAGGCUUGAGCAGGCGUGUUAUACAGGUGUGGUUUCAAAACUGCAGAGCACGCCAUAAGAAACAUGUUAGUCCUAAUCAUUCAUCUACUGCUCCUGUCACAGCAGUUCAGCCCUCCAGGCUGUCUCCACCCAUGUUAGAAGAAAUGGCAUAUUCUGCGUACGUACCCCAGGAUGGAACGAUGUUAACUGCUCUACACAGCUAUAUGGAUGCUCAUUCUCCGACAGCUCUUGGACUCCAGCCUCUACUACCCCACUCAAUGACACAACUGCCACUAAGUCACACCUAACUCCUUUCUGUCAGGGAUAUAAACUAUUAAGGAUGUAACCUUAAGUCAUUUAUUGAGUAUUAAAAGUACCAUUGGAAAGAUAUUAAUGUUAACUUUUUAUUUAACAUCUGAAGCAUUUUCAAGAUCAGUUUUGCUGCCCAGGUAUGUAAGUAUAUUUAGCCUGCAAGACACUUUCAUGGAUUCUGCAUAAAUAACUAUUACAUUGUUUACAAGCCUUAUUCAACACCUUUUUGUAUUGUCUGGAAGUAGUCCACUCUAGUUAUGUGUGUGUUAAUUUAUUUGCCAUCAAAAGAGCACUUUGCCUAAAAGAAAGGACUGACAAUUGUGCAAAAUGUUUACAACUCCCUGUGAAAUUGUAGUUUAUCAUUAGUUUGUAUCUGUAAGUUAUUGCUGAAAGUAUUACCUGUAUUUGAGUUGUAACAGCCUCUAUGUUAAAGCUUAUUUCUGUGAGUUUACGGAAAUAAAUUUUGGUUGCAGAUAUUUUCCAAAAGAACUGAAUAAAGUUUCUGCUGUAGCAUGCCAAGCAA